AAUUUGCCGGGACGUUUUUCUACAUAUCACUUGAAACCUCUCGAGGACAGUCUCGUCUUCAACCUUUUCACUGGCUUCUUUGAGGCACUGCUUCAUAAUUCCACGUGGAGGCCGCCGGCCAGCAAGUUGAGCUUGCAGAUCGCACACAUCGAUCAACAUCAAUGCCCAUGUCUAGCCCUUGAUAAGUUGGUCGUUGUUCCUGGCACUCAUCUCUUUCGUGUGGUGAAGCAUCGGAUUACAUCUCUGACCAUGUCAAAAGCAUCCUUCCUUGUAUUUAGCUGCCUAUGGGCAGCUCUGGCUUUGAGUUUUGGCGUCCAUGGCUUCACAUCAACACCCAUAGCGAGACAAAAACUGUCCUUUCGCGCAUCUGUGGCGGACAAUGCGGAAACUUCCAAAGCAGCCGAUGCGACAACUGACUCUCUGAGUUUGUUUAGCCCUUGCAAAAUCAAUCUAUUUCUCCGGAUUAUUCGAAAACGAGAAGACGGGUUCCACGAUUUGGCCAGUCUCUUUCAGGCAGUGGGAUUUGGAGAUACCUUGGAAUUGACCAAUCUAGAUGAAGGUGAAGCAGAUGAAUUUUCCUGCAAUAUGGAAGGAGUUCCCGUGGAUUCUACCAAUCUGGUGCUACGAGCGCUCCAGUUGAUGCGAGAAAAGACCGGAGUCCAACAAUAUUUCCAAGCCAAUCUGAUAAAGCAAGUCCCUGCUCAAGCCGGUCUCGGAGGCGGUUCGGCGAAUGCUGCCACGGCCAUGUGGGGCGCCAAUCAACUCAUGGGCAACCCAGCCACUCUCGAACAGAUGGUAGAAUGGUCUGGAGACUUGGGCAGUGACAUUACCUUUUUUCUGAGUCGCGGUACCGCCUACUGCACGGGACGAGGUGAAAUUAUGGAUUCCAUUGAUCCACCACUGACGCCCGGCACCAAGUUGUGCAUUGUCAAACCCAACGUGGGUCUCUCCACACCGGCAGUCUUUAAGGCACUGGAAUACGACAAACUGAGCACUCUGGAUGCCAAGGAAACAUUGCUGCCGGCGUUUUUAAAGGGUGUCGACACGGUCCCCGACGAAUACUUUAUCAAUGAUUUGGAACCACCGGCAUUUUCCUGUGUACCGGAACUAGCGGCCUUGAAGGACGAAUUGUGUCAAGUGGAAGGAUUCCAGCACAUUAUGAUGUCCGGCAGUGGUACCAGCAUUUUCUGCCUGGGCAGUCCUGCCGAUGAAGCAGCAUUCCUUGCCAAGUUUGACGAACGAGACGAUGUCCAAGUCUUCUUUACCGAAUUCAUUGAUCGGCCCGAGGGUGUUUGGUUCGAACGUCCCAACUAAUAAGCAACAACUAAACUACUUAGCUACAGUAGUACAUGCGUUUGU